UAUCAAUUCAUUAUCCAAGCUGGCAUCAGGGAAGUGUUCGCAUCUAUUCGGCAUAUCGAGCAUUCACAACAGACAAAAUGGAUGCAAUACUGGGCGUACGAAUGGGUUUGAAGCAUGUCAACGUUACACUUACAAAUGUCUCUGCACCAGGAGGCGCACACCAGUCACUUAGUGGUUUGGAGUACAACGAACGCUUCGAAUUUCUUAAUGUGGCAUUUUCACGUUUUACUCACUGUACAGUUGCAGUAUUUUCAAUGGAAAUGGAACUGGAGGAUAGUUUAAGGAAAGGCCUUCCGUAUCCGAUAUUGAAAAUUAUUGAAUAUCUGAGUGUCGACCGAGCC